AUGGCUGUCGACACGAGCUACCUGACCAGUCAGGUCAACAACAUAGUGGAGCAACUCCAUGGCAUCUUUGAUGAGAUUGGAGUACCCGCCCGCGAGCGCGACUCCCGCGAAGCAGAGCUCUUCAGCGCUCUGUCAGAGACUUUGAACAAUCAUCUCAAGCUCGUUGACGAAGAAAAAGAAGAAAUGACACAAGAGGCUCAACGCCUGAUUACGACUAUUCAACAAAUGGAGGCGUCACUGGGCGACGAAAGGGCCAAUGGCCAAUACGAGCUCAACCGCGCCGACCUCAAGGUGACCUACCCCCUCAACCGCUGUAUCGCCUUUCUGCGCGAGAAGAACGAUGCGAUGAGCCGUCUUCACCGUGAGCGCUUCGAACAAGUCAAGAAACUUGUCGAUGCUCUCGAGUCCUACUCAUCACACCUCGAAGCUUCGUUCCUCACCAUAGAACUGCCUCCCACUGCCCCGGGAUCGACCAUUCCUCCCAGCUUCGACCUCUCCCCCGACUAUGUCACUGCUCUUGAUUCCGAAUUCAGCAGGGUCUACGAAGAGUACCACCGCCGCAUUUCAUUCGUCCAGACCACUUCCGAGGAGAUCAUCAAGAUGUGGGCUGAGCUUGGAACUCCGCAGGUGCAAACAGACUCCAAUAUUGUUCAAAACUAUCGUGAAUCUCCGGAGCAGCUUGGUCUCCACGAAGCCGACCUUGCCAACCUGAUGGCCAAGCGUGAGAAGUUGGUGGAGGAGAAGAAGGGACGUGAGCGCAAGAUCAAGGAACUCCGCGCCAAUAUCGAGAGCCUCUGGGAGCGCUUCGGUGUCGAAGAGGCUGAUCGAAAGGCCUUCCUUGCAGCCAACCGUGGCUGCGGUAUGCGCACUAUUAACGAAUUUGAGGAGGAGCUCGCUCGUCUCAACGAAUUAAAGAGACAGAAUAUGCACUUGUUUGUCGAAGAUGCUCGCUGCCGUCUGCAGGAGCUUUGGGACAUUCUCUUCUUUUCCGAGGAAGAAAUGCUUGACUUCACACCUGCUUUCUCAGAUGUGUGCAGUGACGCGCUGCUUGAGGCCCAUGAGGCUGAGAUCUCGCGCUUGGAAACCCUCAAAGAGCAGCGCGCCCCUACCUUGGAAAUGAUUGAGAAGCACCGCGGUCUGCUGGCGGACCGUGAGGCUCUGUCCUCUUCUAGCCAGGAUGCCUCCCGUCUUAUGGGCCGUGGCAACAAGGGUGAGAAGCGCGACCCCGGUAAGCUUCUCAGAGAGGAGAAGAUGCGGAAGCGCAUCGCUAGAGAGCUGCCCAAGGUUGAAGUUGAGCUCCGCAAGGAGUUAGAGCACUGGGAAGACGAGUUCGGUCGACCUUUCCUCGUCCACGGUGAACGCUAUCUCGACAACUUGACUCCCACGACCGCCAGACCUCCACCUCGAUCCAAGACUCCCUCUGCGCCUCCCUCUACCUCUAAGAUCGGCUCCAUCCGCCAUCAGCCUCCGUCUCGUCCCGGCAGCUCGAUGCAAGGCCCUCGCCCUGGUAGCUCUAUGCGUGGACCUCCUCCCCCUCGCUCUGCGACUAAAACUCCCACGGGACCUGGUGCAGCGAAGCACAACACUAUCGGAUACGGUGCUAGCAGAUCUGGAGCGACGUCGCCCUCCAAACUCCCAGCUCGUGCUCCAUUGAGCAACUUGCCUCAGGGGGGUAACUCACCUGAGCGUCGCACUGGACCUGGAUCCUACUCAUCCAGUACUAUAAAUGGAAAGAUGGCCCCGCCUCGUGGACCUCCCCCACGAAUGCGCGCCUUGACUGUUGAGUCCAAGGAGCGCAACAGCCACCUGACGGAGCCGCCGCGUUGCAACAGUGCUAUGUCGUCCGCGUUUGUGCGCCCAGUAAGCCCCGAGGAUAUCUACGAUGACCGCCAACGAUCGUUUAUGAGUGCCUCUGUCAUGGGCCACUCACGGCCAAAUAAGCUUUCCUCUCACUCCUCGCAUUCUUCCAUGUCCUCCCUCAACUCGUCACUCAACUCCUCGAUGCAGGGAUACCCACGACUGAAUCCUUAUCUUAACUCAGCACCACCUCCCCCAGCCCUCCGUCAAACUUCCAGCUCCACUACCACAACCACCGUGUCCGGAUCUGAGAACUGGGAGACCUUCGACGAUGCAUCUGAGGAUGAGCAUGAUGCUAGCGAUAUCUACUACUCCAAGCUGCGGGCCGCACAAGGCAAGCGCUUUGCCCCUGACGAUAGCAUGGAUAUGACCGGCAAGAAGUCCAAGGGCAUCCGAAGCGUCAGCCCAGAUGGUCCUCACCCCGGCCAGGUCCUCCGAGUCGCAGGUAGCGACAACGAGUGGACUGACGACUAUGAAACCUAUUAA